AUGGAAGGGACCACAAGCCGAGGAACGCGGACAGCCUCUAGAAGCUGGGAAAGGCCAGGCACACACACUACGGAUACCAAAGGCUGUACAACAACUAUGUCUUCUCCAGCGCCACGUCGAAGCUGUUCUAGGAUCACAGACGUGAGGACCACUGUUUCUCAUACCAGCUGCCGGCAUGGUGGUCUGGACGCCAACAGCUGUCAACCAACGGGUCAUGGUCUGAGAAAUCACCUGUCUCAGCGCUGCCAACCCACUCCUUGCUUUGGGCUCCCGCCCCUCUGCUUAAUAAACAAGUGCAGUGCCUGUCCCUCUCUGGAUGAUUGCCACUGGUGUGAGGAAGGCAUCCACUGUAAGGAGAAAGAGAUCAUGCAGUUCUUGAAUGACCGCCUUGCUGACUACCUGGAAAAGGUACGAAUGCUGGGACGAGAGAACGCCGCCCUGGAGUGUAAAAUCCAGGAAGAGCGUGACAAAGAGCUCCCGGUCAUGUGUCCUGACUACCAGUCCUGCUACGCUAUCAUUGAGGAGAUCCAGCAGAAGAUCUUGUGUACCAAGGCUGAGAAUUCCAGACUGGUCUCACAAAUUGACAACACCAAACUGGCUGCUGAUGACUUGAGAGCCAAGUACGAAGCUGAGGUGUCCCUACGCCAGCUAGUGGAGGCAGAUGCCAACGGCCUCCGGCAGAUCCUGAACGCACUGACCCUGGGCGAGGCUGACCUGGAAGCACAAGUCCGGUCUCUGAAGGAGGAGCUCCUUUGCCUCAAAGACAACCAUGAAGAGGAAAUCAGCUCCUUACAGAGCCAGCUUGGGGAGAGACUCAGCAUUGAAGUGACCGCGGCCCCUUCUAUUGACCUAAACCGGGUUCUACAAGAAAUGAGAUGUCAGUAUGAGUCCGUCGUGGAGACAAACCGCAGAGAUGUGGAACAGUGGUUCUGCACACAGAUGGAGGACCUGAACCAGCAGGUGGCGACCAGCACUCAGCAGCAGCAGUGCUGCCAGAGGCAGAUCAUUGAACUGAGACGCACCGUGAAGGCUCUAGAGAAUGAACUGCAGGCCCAGCACCGAAUGAGGGAUUCCCAGGAAUGGGCACUGGCGGAGACGGAGGCCCGCUACGCAGCCUUGCUGGCCCAGAUCCAGCGUUUGAUUGAUAACCUAGAGGCUCAGCUGGCAGAGAUCCGGGGGGCCCUGGAAAGACAGAACCAAGGAUACGAGAUUCUGCUGGACAUCCGGUCCCGGCUGGAGUGUGAGAUUACCACGUACCGCAGCCUUCUGGAGUGCUCAGAUGGCAAGCUCCCCUGUCACCCAUGUGCCACCAAAUAUCAACCUUCCACUUGCACAUCCAGUAAGGCCAGAGCCGUGGAACGCACAGCCCGGCCUCACACACCUCCCUCAGACCCCUGUGGGAUACCCGAGGCCCGAGCUGCCUGCAGAGACCUGUCCCGAAUUCUCAUCAAAAUCUGCACCACCACCAAGGAGAUUAAGGAUGGGAAAGUCAUUUCUUCUCACGAGCACGUGCAGCCUUGCUUCAUCACCCGGACUGCCAAAGCCUAA